AUUAUCAUCGGAGAUACAGUACUGGAGUUGCUUCCUUUACUCCAGUGUUGAACCGGUCCCCCUUUCUUUGGAAAUCACUAUUCUCUCUGGUCUAUACGGCAGAUGUCCACAUUUUUGGCCUCCACAUGCCUGGUGCUCCACAUGUGGGCCAACAGCCUUGACUUUGACACCUGAGAAGAGUGAUCUUACCAGGAAGAACAACAAUGCUGAUGUUGCACCACUUCCUUAACGGCACGGUGGCGAAAGAGAGGCGUCUUCUAACUACAGGAAGUCUACGAAAACAACCGGAAGUACAGACGUAUAUGGACGCGGUCCCGCUUCAAAGAUAAUCCAGCACAGUGUUGCCUCUACGGGAUUCUGAAAUUAAAUUAACAGGACAUCAACAAGUUUUGCAUCAAUAUUCCUGAGUGAGGGCCCUCAGCAUGGCCAACAUCACCACAACGGCAGUGAAGGUUAUCGGAGCACCUGGUCCUGCAGGCAGAAGCAGCCCUGAAGGAUCCCAGGUGCUCAGUAAGAAGAAGCUACAAGACCUGGUGAGAGAAAUCGACCCCAACGAGCAGCUGGAUGAGGAUGUGGAGGAGAUGCUGCUGCAAAUUGCAGACGACUUCAUCGAGAGCGUGGUGACGGCCGCCUGUCAGCUGGCACGCCAUCGCAAGUCCAACACCUUGGAGGUCAAAGAUGUGCAGUUACAUCUCGAGCGCCAGUGGAACAUGUGGAUCCCGGGUUACGGCUCAGAUGAGAUCCGGCCGUUUAAGAAGGCGUGCACCACAGAGGCUCACAAACAGAGGAUGGCUCUGAUCCGCAAGACGACCAAAAAGUAGCAAGACCCCCAUUUAUUUUCUGCGUCAGUUACACCCUUGUUUUGGUUUCGUUUCCCCCCCAAGUAAGGUAUCAAAGGAUCGGUGAAGAUUUGUAUUUGUUGACGUUAGUAUUUCAUUGUCUUCCUAAUUUUGCAGUGUAUUGCCAACACCAUACUAAUGUAUCUCUAAUGACUAUUUUUGUUUCUGCUCAUGUCAUUAAAACAUUAUCAUCUGUG